UUUCAAUAUGCAAAAUUGUAUUACUUUUUUCAAGUUUUUAAAGAUAAUAAAUAUUGGAGAUAAUUUGUUUGAUGUCCAGCGCACUUACAUAGAUUGGUUUAAAUUGAAUUAUUUCAGGACCGUCAGUUCAUUGUCAGACGUUGCUGAACAUGAAACAGAUGUAUUACCUGAGCAAUAUGAAGAUGAUACUGGAGCUUCAAAGUUCACCGAUAUUUCUUCUGAGACGUCGACUAUCAUCCAUGCUUCACCAUCGAUGCUGACUCCCACUCGUGUACGAACGCCUAUACCAACUUCUGUUAUUCCGUGGACCUCGACACCCAACAAUGUCUCUCUACAAACGUCAACUCUUGGUGUGACUUCGCGAACACCGAUCAUAAAUUCGAGACGUUAG